UUCACAGCAGGCCCGCCGAGUACUGCGCGCCACACGACACGUUUCAACCACACCUCGCCUGUCCGCCGCGCCCUUCCCCGCCACGCGCGCACGUCGCCCCCCCAAUGAGGUAACGGCAGACGCAGCUGCCUCGGCGGGAAUGCCGACGGGAGCGGAGUUUGCGGAAGGGAUGGCGAAUGGAGGAGCGGCGGAGCCGUCGGGCAGCGCGGCGGGCGAUGGCAGCGGGCAGCGCGACGACGCAGACGCAGACGCGGAGGUGGCGCGGCUGGCGGCUCAAGUGGCGACGCUGAAGAAAGAGAUGGCCGUCAAAGUGAAGCACUACGAGAACAAGCUGCUCACUCACUCCGUCAUCAACGGCGCACUGCAGUCGGAGAAUGAGCGCCUCAAGGACGAGCUGCAGCGGGCGCUGGAGGCCGCCGCACAGGGAGGAGGGGGAGGGGGAGGGGGGGCGGCAGGGGGGCGCACAGUGCAGGAGGCGGAGCAGGAGCUGAGGGAGCUGCAUGAGGAGUUCACGAGGCGCCUCAACGCCGCUGAGAAGGGCGUGCAUGCAUUCAGGGAGGAGUGUUUCGGGCUGAGGCGGCUGGUGGAGGAGCUGAGGCAGACGGCCGCGAGGAUGGAGGCAGACAUAGCGGAGAGGGACGCACAGGGGCAGCAGAGGGAGCGGGAGAGUGAGGCGCUGCGGCAGGCGGUGGCGGAGAGGGAGGUGGUGGUGGCACGGCAGCGGCAGGAGGUGGCUCGUCUGGAGGCCGACAGGGACAGGCUGCAGGCAAAGGCGCAGGCGCUGGAGGCUGCAGCUCAGAGCGCGGAUGCCACCAGGUCGUCCCUACUGGAGGAGGCGAACAAGGCGCUGGCAGUCACCCAGCAGGCGCUGCAGCACCACAAGGACCAGCUGCUCCGGGUGGUGGCGGAGAGUGCGCAGGAGCGGGCGGCAGCAGUGGCGGCGGUGAGGGAGGAGAUGAGGCAGCAACGGGCGGCGCUCGUGGCAGAGGCGGGAGAGAAGGAGCGCCACAUGGCGGCUGCUCUAGCUGCUGUCACGCAGAGGGCGAUGGAGGCAGAGAGGGAGGCGGCACGGACAGAGCAGAAGCUGCUGCAAGAGCUAGCGGCUCUCAAGAAUCGCUGCCAGAUGGCAGAGACAGCUCAUGGUGAUGUCAGCACACACAUCACUGCUGCCACUCAACCUCUCUUGAGACAGAUGGAGGGCAUGGCGGCGCAGGUGAGGCGGAUGGAGCAGGAUGAGGAGGAGCGGGAGCGCGUGCACCUGCAGCAGCAGCAGCACUGGGAGCAGCGCUGGCGGCAGGCGGAGGAGGGGCAGAGGAGGGCGGAGGAGAGGGCAGGGGCGGCGGAGAGAGGGGCGGCUGAGGCAGCGCGGGCGAAAGAGGAGGCACAGAGGGAGGCGGUGGCUGCAGUGCGGCGAGUGCAGGAGCUGCAGCAGCAGCAAGAGGCGUUGCGGGAGGCGGCGCAGGCGGCGGGGGAGAGGGAGCGCAUCGCGGAGCAUGCACGGGCCGAGGCAGCAGCAGCGCUGCAGGCAGCACGGGAGGCAAGGGACGAGGCAGUGAGGCGGAUUGGGGACAUGCAGAUGGCGAGGGGGGGGAGAGGAGCAGAGGCAGAUGACACGGUUGGAGGGAGAGGGGGCGAGGGCAAGGCCACGGCCCACCCCUCACCCCCCCCAGCACCGCUCUACCAGCACCGCCUGGCCCCUCCGCUGCGCUCUCCCACCCGUCCCUGUCGGCCCUCUCCCUCGCCCACUCCCCCCGCUCGCCCAGCAGCCCCCCUGGCAGCCAUGCUGGCAGCAGCGGGCAGGCGGCAGGGGGGGAGGAGGGGCGGGGGGGCAAGAGCAUGGCGGGCGAAGAGCGGGGGAAGGGGCAGCGGGGUGAGCCUGGGCGAGGUGGACGUGGCGGGGUGGGGGGCGGCAGCAGGGGGUGUGGGCAGAGAACGACUCACUGCCAAACUCAGGCAGCAGGCGGGCGAGAUAGAGCAGCUGCGGCGGGAGGUGGCGGCGGGGCGGGCAGCCAGGGACGCCACGGCGGAGGAGCUGCUGCGCGUGUCGCAGCGCCUCAUGGUGCUGGAGAAGGAGCGCGUGACGGUGGCAGGGCUGGAGGGCGAGGUGCGGGAGGUGCGGGCGCGGCACGAGGUGGCGCUGGUGAUGCUGGGGGAGCGCAACGAGCGCGUGGAGGAGCUGGAGGCGGACCUGGCGGACGUCAGGGCGCUGUACAAGGAGCAGGUCAACCUGCUGGCGGGGCAGGUGGACCCUGCCCUGUGGCCUGAUGGCUACCGCAUCUGCCUCUUCUGCCCACACUGCGCCAACACCCAGCGCCCCAAACCCAAGUAGCCUACACUCAGCACCCCAAAUAUGUCUUGAGUUAACCCUGUGUUCAAGUGAUGGAAGAUGUUUCUUUAACUCACAAAUAUGUCUGGCUGUUGCAUUUUUAUGAA